UGCUGCCGCUACAGUCACACUGUCGAGCGAGCGAGCUAGCAAUAAGCGAACGAUUUUUGCGCAAAAACGGAGUUUAUCAAUAAAUCGUUGCGUACGAUUGCAUUGACCGUUUUAAACGCGUUCGUCCUCGUGCAGAAACCCCGAAUCCGCGACAUUUACCGCCCAAAGACGCGUUAAAGUGCUGCAAAAAAGAAGAAAAGAACGUAAGCAACGAUAACAACAGGCAGCGAGCAAGAGAGAAAGGGAUAGAGUGGGAGCAGUGCGGAGUGUUGUGUGUGUGCGUGCUGCCAACUUGUCGCACCAAUUCCCUGCUGCCGUUGUGUAGUGUGUGUGUGUUCUCUGUGGUUCUCCCAACAGGGGAAAAAUACAAAAUCUAUGCGCGAUGCUAUAUCAAUCCUAACUGAAGUUUUAGGGACAAAACACCGAUUGGCUGGCCAUAUUGAAACAUAGAUUUUACUUACCCAAGCGACUUUUCAACAAGUUGCCAGCGCAGCGUGCAACGCGCGCACACACACACACGCACGCACACACGCGCAAAAACACACGCAAGAGAGAGGGAGAGAGCAACAACAACAAAAGCCUCUCAGCAGCAACGUUUUUAGUGAUGUCAUCAGAAAAAACGCGUUCAAGCUGGCCAAAUUGAAGCGGAAACGGUAGCCAAACUGAAGCACUUGUCGGAGAGCGUCUCGGUGCUGCUGAAGAUCGCCAGGAUCGGCAACAUGGACAACAGCAUCGUCGAGGAGAACGGCAACUCGUCGGCGGCAUCGGGCUCCAAUGACGUCGUCGACGUGGUCGUUGCCCAGCAGGCGGCGUCCGCGGGAGGCGGUGGCGGAGUCGCCGGAGGAGGAGGAGGAGGAGGAGGUAGUAAUCCUCAACAGCAGCAGCAACAAAACCCACAGAGUACAACGGCCGGCGGUCCAACGGGAGCGACGAACAAUGCCCAAGGAGGCGGAGGAGGAGGAGGAGGUGGAGUAGCGGCCACUGUGCUGACCACCACCGCCAACUGUAACCUACAAUAUCCCAUCCAGGCGCUGGCGCAACACGGACUGCAGGUGCAGUCGGUGAUACAGGCGAAUCCCUCGGGGGUCAUACAGACGGCAGCGGGAACCCAGCAGCAGCAGCAGGCGCUGUCCGCCGCAACGGCGAUGCACAAGGUGGUCUACGUGGCCAAGCCGCCCAACUCGACGGUCAUCCACACGACGCCCGGCAAUGCAGUGCAAGUGCGUAAUAAAAUCCCUCCAACCUUUCCGUGUAAGAUCAAACCCGAACCGACCACGCAGCAUCCGGAGGACAGCGACGAGAGUCUGACGGACGACGAUUCCCAGCACCACCGCAGCGAGCUGACGCGACGGCCGUCGUACAAUAAGAUCUUCACCGAGAUCAGCGGACCCGACAUGAGCGGCGCACCACUUCCCAUGUCCGAAGGCGUGCUCAGUUCCCAACUGGCGGGGAGUGGAGCGGGGGGCAAUCCGGCGAACAGCUCCCUGAUGCAGUUGGAUCCCACGUACUACCUGUCCAAUCGGAUGUCCUACAACACCAACAAUAGCGGUAUUGCGGAGGAUCAGACCCGUAAGCGCGAAAUCCGGCUGCAGAAGAACAGGGAGGCGGCGCGCGAGUGCCGGCGCAAGAAGAAGGAGUACAUCAAGUGCCUGGAGAAUCGAGUGGCGGUGCUAGAGAACCAAAAUAAAGCGCUCAUCGAGGAGCUCAAGUCGCUCAAGGAGCUCUACUGUCAGACCAAGAACGAUUGAAUGUGGGCGCGGCUCUGGCGCCGCCUGCGCCUUCGCCACCAUCGCCACCGCCUCCAGUUUCGUUUACGGUUACGGUUACGGUUACGAAGGUUCCGGUUACGGCAACGGCAACGACAACGGCAAUGGCGACGGCGACGACGGAUGCGCUGCGGUUCCCGUUCUGGUUAACGCCCGACAGCAGCGAUGGAUCGAUCCCCCAUCCGCCCCGUUGGCCGGCCGCAUAUCAUGAUUUAUAUACGUAUAGGAUGAUGCUAUAUGUGGUAGCGUGUACAUUAACUGUAUGAUCUGUAUGAUGAGGGAUCGUGUUGUUGUUGUUAGGACAGCGGACGGACGGUUAGGUGGUGGAACAUACACACACACACACACUACCACACACCUACCUGCCGAACGUAGCGAUCAGAACACACACACACACACACAAUGUAAUUAUGUUUAUAAUUUAAUGAUGUAAUAUUAUGUUAAUGAUUUAGUUUAUGCCUUAGUUUAUUUGCUAAUUUAACGAUACUGGAGUUUACCUACGAACAUGUGUUUCUGUAUCCUAAGCCUUUUUACCAACAUAUAUCCCACGGAUUACCCCAAAAUCCCGACAACCGACACCCCUUUUGUAAUUAAAUUUUUUUUGUUUUACCUAAUUCGUAAUUUACUGCAGGACGUGCGUGUCUAGCGAAAAGUGUUUUUUCUUAGCGAAUUGUUGUAAGCCAAUAUGUCAGGAGAUAGUCAACCAACCCCCACGGAUUUGCAGAAUAUUGUAGGAUGGAUAGGUAGAAAUGAAAUGAAAAGAAAAGAAAUGAAAGCGAGGAAAACGGUUUUCUGAGCCUCCCAAAAUUCAAAUUGUUCAAAGAAAAAAAAUCACAAGUUUCACUUGAUUUAUGUUUGUUGUGUAUGUACGUGUGGUCCGCCCGAUUCUAACGGUAAAAUUAGGUUUUAAUAGCACAAUCCAUCUGGGAUUCGAGCAUGGAAUUCAAACACUUUGUUGCAUAAUUUUAAACGAAUCGAAAGAAGGCUCCCAACUCCCGCUUUUCCCGAACAAAACGGUUUAUAUGUAAUUCUAUAUACUAUUAUGCGUAGUUAGCAAACACUCUUUUGUAUUUUGUGGAUCUUGUUUGUCAUCGAAGGGGUAUAUGUGUAGGGUAGUCCUGCCCUCGGCCGGAACACACGUAUAUACAUAUAUGCUUUAAAUAUGAAUAUAUAAAGCUAACACUCUCGUUAUCUCUUGUGAUCAACUCAGUUGUUGUUAUGAAUGGUAGAAAGCAGACGAAAUGGGCGGAGAAAAAAUACGAUAAAUUAAUUACGAUGAACGCGGGAGACGGAGAUCGAACUUUUUUAUCUAGCGUAGCGCAACGGAAACAAUGUCAAAAUGAAAACAAAAAAAAAAAACCGGAAACGGAAAUAAAACCAUAAGAAAGCAUGUAUAUCUCUCUAUUUUUGAUGUCCGAAUCAAAAGCUCUGCAAAAGGAGAAAACAUACGAAAAAAAAGUAAAAAACAGAGAACCAGGCAAAAGAAAACGGAACGAGAACUCAAAGAGCAGCUUUUUUUUGGCCAAGUCUAAAGAAUGGGAAAGGCAGAAAUUGAAAUGAAAACAAACAAAAGUUGCAUUCAACAAAGUAAAUAAAUAUUUUUAUUGUCAUUGCAUAAUUCUUAAGCUAGUAAUUUUAAUAUCUAAAUCGUAAGCGCGGAAAAACAAAGUAAAUAAAAACAAAUGAAUGGA